UACACACACACACACUAUAUUGCCAAAAGUAUUUGGACGCUCCUCCAAAUCAUUGGAUUUAGGUGUUCCAAUCACCUCCAUGGCCACAGGUGUAUAAAAUCAAGCACCUAGGCAUGCAGACUGCUUCUAGAAACAUUUGUGAAAGAAUGGGUCGCUCUCAGAAGCUCAGUGAAUUCAAGCGUGGUACCAUGAUAGGUUGCCACCUGUGCAAUAAGUCAAUCUGUGAAAUUUCCUGGCUACUCAAUAUUCGACGGUCAACUGUUAGUGGUAUUAUAACAAAGUGGAGUAACUGGGAACAACAGCACGUAGGCCACGUAAAGUGACAGAGUGGGGUCAGUGCAUGCUGAAGCGCACAGUGCGCAGAAGUCGCCAACUGUCUGCAGAGACCUCCAAAUUUCAUGUGGCCCUCAGAUUAGCACAACAGUGCAUAGAGAGCUUUAUGGAAUGGGUUUCCAUUGCCAAGCAGCUGCAUCCAAG